AUGGCGUACUCACAUCGCCAGACAACGCUGCCGUCGCACAUUCGGCCAUCCUCAGGCUUCGCCAAUAAUGCCUCCGCAAGUACACAGUCCUCGGCCUUACAGGCACGAAUCAACGAAAAGCGAGUGGAAUUGGAGAACCUGAAACAAUUACGCGACUUGAGUGGUGGACUAGCGGGACAAAUGCAGCAGCUAGAGGAGAAGCUCGCGACGCUCAGUAAUGGGACGGAAGCUGUAGCGGCGGUGCUUGGAAAUUGGAACAAUGUGUUACGAGCUAUACAUAUGGCUAGCACCAAGAUACCACGGCCCAAGGAGAAUGAUGAUGCAGAGGCUCCUGCUGCCGAAGAAGAGAUACCUCUACCCCAGACCCUGGUCCGGAUUCCUAUCCAGCAGGCUGAAGCCAUGCAGAAAGAGGCCGAGGCGGCUCUAGAAGCUGGUGAAUGA